AUGGAUGCUCUCGCAGCGCUCUCUCUCGCGUCCACGCUGAUGCGAUUUGCCGAGUACGGGAGCAAAUUACUGUCUCAGGCACCCAAGUUGUACGAGCCCGCCUACGGUUCACUCACCGACAGCAUAGACGUCGAUGUCCUCGUCCGAGACUUACUGUCUCUGAAGCAGAGCCUCCAGCGACAGGCGCCUACGAGAUAUGCACCCACCAAGCACACCACUGAUACGCAGAAUUACAAGGCGCUCGAGGCGCUGUGCGCGCGAUGCGUGGGCGCGGCGCAGGAUCUGCUCGCGCAUCUAACUCGGUUGAAGACGAAACCCAAAGCCACGAAACAGCAUCUCUCGCAGAAGAAAGCGCAGCCAGAUAAAUGGCGGUCGCUCCUGGGUGCCGAUGGAUUGGAAGCGCUGGACAACCAGCAGCAGCCUGCGAUGAUGGAGUUCCGGGCCUGGGUUGGCUUUCACACGGCACUCCGCGCGGUGUGGAACAGGCAAGAAAUGGAGGCUUUGGAGGAUAGUUUAUGGCAUGUUCGAAAGGAUAUUCAAUUUCAGAUGCUUGCAUCAAUUCGUGGCGCUUUUGGCCAGCUUGCAGGGCAACGAUCUCAGACGUCGCACGAGCUCAAGAAAUUUGCGACGUGCAUGCUGGAUUCAUUUUACAAGAGCGAAGACGCUUUUGUUUCCCAAAUGCAAGUUCAAUCUCAGCGACUGCUCCAGCUUGACGAGUCCGACAAAGACGACGACGACGACGACGACCCUUUUGGGAUAUCAGUGGGCGACAUACUCCACGGCGUCGGCUCCCUGCAAACGCCCGAACACGCCAGAAACUGCAAAGAGCCACGAGUCACAAACUUGCGAGUGGAGAAUGAGUUGCGUACUGUCAUCAGCGAGACCUGCGUCCUCGAAAGCCUCUCCUUUGCGACCAUGGUUGACCGCCGCGAGAGCGUGGAGAAGGCGCACGCCCGCACCUUUGACUGGAUCUACAAGGACGCAGAAAACGCACAAGUGCCCUGGAGCAACUUUGUCGACUGGCUCCGGCAUGGCGACGGCAUUUACUGGAUCAACGGUAAGGUGGGGUGUGGAAAGUCGACCCUCAUGCGGUACCUGUAUGAGAACAAGACGACGCAGCAGGAGCUCGCGACCUGGGCUGCUGGGCGUCCUUGCGAAGUUUACAGCUUCUUCUUUUGGAACAGCGGCGGCGAACAUCAAAAGUCUCAGCUCGGUCUCCUCAGGUCGCUUUUGUUUGAUAUCUUGCAGCGGCACCGCAGCUUGAUGCGCCAGGUCAUGCCGGAUGUUUGGGGUAUGUGGUCAGCGCGCGCUAACGCUGCCCUUGAAGAAAGGCUGCCCUACGAUUCCUCGUUUCUGCCGCCGGAACCAGAGACUCUGACGGUUGACGCAUUAAGCGAGGUUUUCCAAAAGGUACUUGAACAUCUCGGCAAGUCAACCAAGCUGUGUUUCUUUAUCGACGGCCUAGAUGAGUAUGGCGCAGAUCACUCGGACAUCAUUCGCCUCACAACACAGUGCGCUGUGAUUCGCAAUGUCAAAUUCUGCCUCUCAAGCAGACCGCUUCGAGUUUUUGAAGAAUCUUUUUCUGGGCUGCCCACCCUACGGUUGCAGGAUUUGACACAUGGUGACCUGAGUCACUACGUCCUCGAUUCCCUGUACCGCCACCCGCGCAUGCAGCAGCUGUCACAACCUCAAGCUGCGGAGCUUUCCCAUUUGAUCCAAGAAGUUGUUACAAAAUCUCAAGGGGUCUUUUUAUGGGUGAAGCUUGUUGUUCGUUCACUAGUGCACGAAUUACCUACGUAUGGCAGCAUUGCAGACAUACGGCAUCAAGUGUAUGACCUCCCUGGCGAACUCGAUGACUUAUACACAUACAUUAUAGCCCAAAAAGACUACAAACGCGCCGCGCAGAUACUUCAGAUAUUCAUCACAGCCAGAAAACUGUCACCAGAGAAGGUCACCCUUCUUCAGUUGUCUUUUGCCGACGAGGAAGACGAAUCACUUGCAGAAGAAGCGCCAAUGCUGAAAAUCACAAUCGACGAAAAGGCUUCGCGAUGCCAAGGCAUGAAUUUUCGACUAAAGAGCAUCUGCGCUGGGCUUUUGGAGUCACACGAUACGAAAUACUCCAGCAUGGCUCCUGACGGAAAAGUACUCUUCCUGCAUCGCACCGUCUCUGACUGGAUCGCCAAGCCAGACGUGUGGGCGGAGCUUCUCGCGCAGACGGCCAACACGAGCUUCAGCCCAUCGCUUGCCCUUCUCAAGUCCUGCAUCUUGCACCUCAAGGGUCUAGACGUCAGCCCCGCGCGACCGUUUGACAUGCGCAUCGUCGCUAACGCUGUUGUAUAUGCCAAAGACGCGGAGACAGAGAUCGGUGCAGGAUUCCCCAGGCUGUUUGACCAGCUAGACCUCGCCGCUACCUAUCAAUGGCGGCUCGGCGACUGCGCCGCCGUCUAUGAAGUCGACGACCUAUCGGACACGAGUAGCAAUACAGCCGAAGCACCAUCCGAGGGGCGCGGCAGUCCCUCUGAGACACCAGAGCAGCUGCACAGCUAUCUACAAUCAUACCGCGCGUCUGUGAUGGCGAGUCAGAGCGGCGUUCUUGGUACAGUGAACCGAGGCACACGCCAGUCUCUAAGUAGACCGUCAAGAGCCACGCCAGCAUUCUCACAGAACGAGCUGGCCGCCUCGUACAUGUCGUAUAAAGAGACCCGUUUCGGCGGCACAGCACGGGAGGAGCCAAAAGACGCAGCGCCGACCCCCCAAAAAGUAGGGACGGACCAUGAACACUGGUCUUUUUGUCUCGCGAUUCCGGGCCUCAUUCCCAUGAAAGCCGCCACCAGCUUUUACAACGUGGCGUCCCUCGCGGGGAUGAAGUACUACGUUGCGACGAAGGACGCGUCCGCCAACGUCCUAGAUCAUGAUGUCGGCCAUCACCUGCUCAUGCGGACCGUCGCACCGCCGGCCGCGAUGCCCGAUACAGGCAUUGACCCAGAGAGAAUAGAAACGCUGCUCGCGGGCGGCGCGGGUCCAAACUUCGCAUACCAGGGCCAGACGCCGUGGGAAGCGGCCCUUGCGGCUGCCGCAUCGCACUUUGUGUGUACGCAGGAGCAGGAUGAGACGGCGACGACUUUGCGCUACAUAAAGGGCUGUGAGAAUUGGAUCAAAGUGAUGGAGGCAUUCUUACGACACGAUGCUGACCCGUACGCCGAGGUGAAACUUCGGGACAUGGAGGAUCGGCCGAUUGUCUCUCUGUGUGCGCUAUUGGAGUCGCAUAUGCCUCGGUUUCUGGAGCAUGAGGCGUUCUCUCUGAUGGAGCUGCUGCUAGAGAAGAGGCGAGAAGUCGACCGGAAACAAACUAGUAGACAGAAGAAGGCCCUGGGUAUAGAUAUAGAGGCCAAAACUCCAGUGUCGUCGGCCGAGUGGCCCAAUUCUUGGAUACCAAUUCGCAACAGUGUUGUCUAG